UAUUGAGUUUAUAGUGAGAAUGUGGGAAUAAUUUUAGUCAUUUUGCUUCAGGAAGAUCUUCUGCCCACCUUCCACUUAUUUUUAUUGGAAGAGUAUAAGGGAGGAUUAAAAGAGCAAAGAAUAAAGCAAAAAUUAAGUUCUUACAAUGGCUCCUUCCAAAAUUACCAAACACUAAAAGCAUUUCUGCAUCUUCAAAGGAUUCAGUGAAGAAUUAUAACGAUUAAAGUUUAGAGAAGCUAGCAAUCCUCAAGCUAAUCACAAGCCCUAACUCAUCUGAAGAGCUUGUUAAUUAUCAUAUGGAAAGAUCUUCGGAGAUUUUAUACCUAAAUUUUGAAAAUCCUUUAGCGAUGAGUCCCAAAUAAUAUUUAAUCAGCUAAAAAUAAACCCUUGUGAAGAUGACAAAGGCCUCUUUUGGAAGCCCUAACUUGUAGCCAUUAUUGGCUAAGAUAUUUCUAACCCUGGACAUAAAAAUUCUUAUCUAUGAAUUAUAAUGUCAGCAAUAGUAACCAUAAAAAUUGCAUUUACCCAAAAACUUUUCUUCUUUCAAUUCCCAAGGAGAACAGGAUCACUGAAAGAACACUUUUGAUGAAAUCUUGCUCUAAAGAUCCCCUCUACUGAUCCUAUUGGGGUAACUUAAUGACUCAGCAUGUCCUAUGUCUGGAUCACAAUUUGGCAAGGAGGGAGUUCACUAAAACUUAUUUGGAUGCAAAUUUAAUUGAUCUCUGUUUGAGCCAAGACAGGACUUGUUUUAAUCUCAAAACAAAGAUAUAGGCGAAAGGAGCUCAAUUCUCCAGACCAUUUAGUUUGUAUUCCAGUUAAUAAAUUCCAAAUACAAGGCAGGCUUUUUACAUGUUUUUAGAUUUAGUGUGUAAAAAUCAUCCAACCCUCAUGGAUCAAGACGUCCAGACUGUAGCCAGGAAAUACCACAAAUAAAUUUAAAUGCAAAUCUUUGUUCUAUAAGGCAAAUUUUAGAGCCUGGGAGAUGUGAAAAUAAUGUUUGAAGGUUUUUAUGACUAUUCGUGAGAAAAUUAAUUAAACUUAAUUUUAUUCUCCAUAAAUCUUGACUAAAUGCUUUAUACAAAAGUAAGCAUUGACAAUCAGAAGAUAUUCUGGCUUCUUUGGAUUAUUUUACAAAGAAAGAUGAAAUUAUAACUCUUGAGACUGAAGACAACUUAUAACAUCCCAAAUAUUUUAUAAAUAUCGUUA